AUGAUACCCCGACAGGACGUACGCCGCCCUUCCUCAGGCCUCGCACGUCUCUCGACGCCGUCCCUAACGACAGCGACGUCCCGUACCUCCUCGAUGAUCUCGGCCCCGGACAGCGCGUUUGCUCAGACAACUAUUGUCGCCCGGCGGUCACCACCACCCCUGAUCGACUUGGAAGAUGUCAUGCCAGUUCCUCCAAAACGUCCACUGGCGUUGGAGGCCGGCGCUGGCGUGACCCCCACUGAUAAGCUGCGGGCACUCCUUCGACAAAUGGAGAGCGAAGCGCGUGCAGCCCGACCAUCAGAGCCCGACCAUAUCCCUCCUCCUCAAAGCAAAUACAGAGAACAUGUACCUUCAACCAUUCCUAUCCGUUCCCCACCGUCUGACGAAGAUGUCGACGAAUACUCCCCGCCAUCUCCUCCGCCAAGAAUCGCAAACCCUUACCUCUACUCUCGACGAGCAAUGGAGCGCCGGGAUGUCGACGAUGAUCCUCAUUCUCCUGAGCAGCCUCGUCGGUUGCCAUCUCGUGCUAUCGCACUUCGCGCUGCGACUGCUGCGGCUGCCGCUGAAGUGCAAGCUGGUCCAAGCCGCGACAUGGCGCCCACGCCGCUUGAGACCUUCAUCGCAUCCCAUCCAACCGCAACGCUGCAGUCCGUCGAGCCGUCGACAUCGCGUCGUCACGCCGAGUCCGGUCCAAGGCCGCCAUCGCCAAAGGGAAAGGAGCGCGCCGAAUACUUAGACGAGUCGGAGAUCGAGUCUCAGGCUGAUGCCGAGGAACUCUCGCCUCCAAGACGACGCGCCGUGUUGCCCCCUCGCCAUGUGGAGUCAGCAUACGAAAAUGAAGAGUUGCAGUACGAGGAACGGUCACCCCCACGUCGCCGUCUGCCCCUUCAACGGUCCAUCGAGGCGCCAGACACCUCUGCAGCAUUCGCAGCGGGCGUACACGGUCUCGAAGAGGCCGACGAGCUUGACCUAGACGACUCGAGUAUGGUGCCAUGGCAUGACGAGUCCGUUGACUCGCUCAACAGUGGACUAGGAGAGGAGCCUCUUGCAGAGGAACUUUCAUAUUCGCGCACCCGCGAGUUUGCUGCGUCUGCUACCCCGAGGGCAUCGUUUGCGACAGCGCCAAGCAGUCGAACAGUUCGCGCCAGCCCCAGUCCUGCCGACACCAGCCUCCCUCCUCUCCCGGACCCAGAGAGCUCCGAAGAAGAGGACAAUACCGCCUUGCGUGCCCGGGCAGAAAUGUUUCGCCGUUCACCUCGCGAGUCGCUGGAGGGGUGGUCGCAAUCUCAUAACUCGUCUGUCUCCUCUCGUGAUCGUACCGCCUUUACGGACGCGCACAGCUCGACACGCCAGUCGCCCAAAGAAUUGACACGCUUCGAGUCUGCUCGCAAUACCUCGUCGUAUGAUUCAAUUCGCGAAUCUGUGCGAUAUGACGGUGCCGUUUUGGAAGCGGAGUAUGACCAGUCAGCCCGGUCUUUGCGGUCCCAGUCGUCGUCUAGGUCUCUCCGCGACUCACAUGGACACGCCGCAUCGCUUCGCAACUCGGUAUCCAGAGAGACGGUGCAGCAGAAUGGCGACACAAACCACAGCUUCCAGCAUCCCUCGCCACCGCGCACGUCACCCAAAGCUUCGAUUCAUCAGUCAACUGCAUCUUCCCCACGUGGGGUGGCCCUCAAUACCAGCCGUGGCUCUCCGAAGAGUGCUUUCUCCGACGGUGAUUCUCACGCGAACGGGGACUCGGACGCUUUCGCCCAGCAGAGCACCCCCGAGUCGGCUCGAUCUCGGCGGCUACGCGAGUCCCGAGAAGCGAGACUGCGGAACUCCAUCUCGCCGCCGACGCGCACUUCAGCCUCCGUCCGCUGGGAAGAUGAUGAGACCGCACCUGCUGUGACUGUCGAUGCGUCUCCGCCCGCUGCUCGGUGGUCAUCGGACACCAGCAUGCAGACCAUUGAGCUCAGUCCUCCCAAGGAGCCUCUGCGAGAGAUGGCUGCCCCAUCGCAGGGUACAAACCUCACAUCCACUUCUGCCGUUUCGACACCGGUCCGUGCGCCAGCUCCUCCGGCGCCAAAGACGCCUCGUCUACCUGGCGCCUGGGGAACACCUUUGCCGCCACGAGCACCCGUCGCCAAGCCCACACCGGAAACUCCUCGCACCCCGGCGGUCGUGCCCACUCCCGACCUGGUAGGCAUGCCGACGCCGAAGCCGCCUGGAGCAUGGCGUACUCCAGCUCCGGCUCCCGCCACAGCAAGCCCUGUGACUCCCGUCGCCCCAUCGACAGUUGGCCCUGUUGGACCGACACCACGUCCCCCGGGGUCGUGGUACACCCCAACGGCCCACCAUCGAGGCACAGUUCCGUUCAAGUUCUCGGGGUUGCGCAACGAGGUGCACCCUGAUGACAGUAUGAGCUCGGCUGGCAGCUUACACGACAGCAUUGGUGAUGUUUCAAUUCAUCGUCUUCGCCCCAGCCCAAAACGCUCCCCCGUGCGUCAGAACACUACUUCUCCCAAAACGUCUCCUGGUGUUCUCGCACCAGUGUACCGCUCACCAAAGCGAUCCCCCCGAUGGUCUCCUCUCUCUCGCCCAACAUUCCCCGUCCCGCCUUCCCCUCUUCCUACAACGCCUACCAAGUCGUCGCAAUCACAAGAUGUCGAUUUCGACCCAGACAUGUCGUGGACGACGCGCCUAAAGCGCGCAGUCAUGUCUCCUGUCAAGCGUCCACCACCAUCCACUGCCUUUACCGAUGCGCAAAGUGCUCUGGACGCUGCCUCGCUCGCGUCAGCCCAGGCUCGCUCUCGAGUGGAGGCCGCCCAGCGUGCAUGGGCAUCUGCCCUUGCUGCCGUCCCCGCCGACCCCCAGCCUCAACCGAUGGCACCACGCGUCGUCGUCGAAGUGGCUCGUAAGGGAUACUCGUGGGGCGUGUUCAUGUUCUGGGCAGUGCUCGAGCUGCUGCUCCUGUGGGGCGUGUUUAGAGUGACCCUCGAUUACGCGACCUCCACCCGUCUCCUGGCCGCCAUUGACCCGUUCCACCCCCAGCUCGGUAGCUAUGCGCUGGGCAUUCCACUCCCCGCAGCGCUUGAAGCCUUUGCCACACGCCGUGCAGGGCCUGCGAACCUCUUUGACCUGCUAGACUCUCUUGGGCUCGGUCUCGGUCUUGGCUCACCUCCUCAUUGGGCUCCCCCAUCCUAG